AUGACUGGCUCUGGCCGCCACGAACCCCCGAACGUCCCCGGAGCCGGCGACAACGACCCCAUCGAUGCCGGAGCUGGUCCCAGUCCUGGUGUUGAGAGGCCUGCUGUCACUGGCUCUACGGACGAGUCCAGUUUGUUGGACAAGGCUUCUGACCUUUUCAGCAAGGUACGUGAGCUAUGA